AUGCUGUCUCGCACUAUCCGCUCUGCUCGGUUUUCUACCACUGUGCUGCGCGCUGGUCCGCCUGCUGUUAUCCCCCCUGUCCGCCGGGUUGGUGCUCUGAGAGGGGGCUUCACCGGGUUCUUGGUUGGUGUCACGUUGACCGGUGCCGGUGCCUACUAUUACCUGUUUGACGAGUACCAGGCUGCUCAGCGGGCUAUUUUGACUGAUGUUAUUGGCCUUCGUCAAUCUUUACAGGAGCUACAAGCCACCAUUGAUGAGCUCAAGACAAACACUGAGGAGCCCAAGAAAACUGAAAAUUGA